CUCCCCUCCUCCUCUGCUUUCAAGUUUCAAAGCCUUUUGGGGUUCCGCUCCAUUUCUCUCUAGUCAAAUAGUUUUGCUCACUCGCACACGCAAACAACACUGCACUCUCUCCAACCCAACCAUCUCUCUCUCUAUAUUCCCCCACCUCUUGGAUUUUCUGCUUCUCUCGUCUCACUCAUCGAUCACUUCCUUCCUUUCUCACUCUUGAAUCAGCAUUCUGUUUAUAGUAACCAAAACAGGAGAGACCCGAGUUUAAAGUAUCUCAAUUCUCAAAGCUUCGAUCUUUUUCUAGCUCUACAUGCAGUAGCAGUGUCUUUGAGGUCAGAAGACUUUCAAAGUUUUAUUCUUUAUUAGCAAUGACUAAUGACCCAAGUCGCUCCGAUACCACUACCACCACCACCGAGUCGACCAGCUUCAACUCCUCUUCAUUCUCGUCCUCCCCCGCCUCUCCAAGCUCGGGUCAGAAUAAUUCCGACCCGAAUGAGAGCCGGGUCGGGAUCAAACGGGCGAGGGAGACUAGCAGCAAGCACCCGGUUUACAGAGGGGUCCGAAUGCGCGCGUGGGGCAAAUGGGUAUCCGAAAUCCGCGAGCCCAGGAAGAAGAAUCGGAUCUGGCUCGGCACCUUCUCCACUCCCGAAAUGGCGGCGCGUGCGCACGACGUCGCCGCUUUAACCAUCAAAGGCGACGCAGCUAUCCUCAACUUUCCAGCGCUAUCCGGGUCCUUGCCCCGACCCGAAUCCACCUCCCCCCGCGACAUCCAGGCCGCCGCCGCUAAAGCCGCCUCCAUGGAGUCCCUCAGUCCAUCCCCGUCGCCGCAGCAACCGUCGACAUUGUCGCAGUCGUCGUCGACGUCCUCGCCCGCGGUCACCGACGCCGGAACGCCGGAGGAGCUGGGGGAGAUAGUGGAGCUGCCGAGGCUAGGGACGAGUUACGAGUCAGCCGAGUCGGGGAGCGAGUUCGUGUUCGAGGACUCGGUGGUGGAGGGGUGGCUGUACCCGUGGUGGCAGAACGGUGGAUUUGGAGAAGAGGAUGGGUAUAAUAGGAAUUCUGAAAUGUUAAUGGCACUGGAGCCAGUCCAGUGUGUUGAGGACUUGUUGUGGCAACAUUAAUAUCACCUGCUUAUGGCCUCUUAUGGGUUGUGCCUUUCGUAUUAUAAUUGUUUCGGAAGGUUUCAUAUUAUAAUUUGUCUAAUAGUUGUGAUCGGAACUCAAAUAAUGUAAUUGGCUUAUCGCAUCGGCACAUGUAAUUUUUGAAGUUUGAACUGUUGCUGAAUGAAUCGUGAUCGGAUUCUCAAAAUCCGGUGUUCAUUUUGGGAUUUAUUUUGGGGAGAUUUAGCUGAUUAAGU